UCUUCCCCACGGAAGUGAAGCGAGCACUUCCGGGUUCGGCAACUACCCGGAGCCGGCGGCGUUAGGUCGUCCCUACUGGGCCUUGUUCCGAAGCUCUGCCUUCGCUCUGGUCUUUCGAGAAACCCAGCUUUGCUCUUGGACGUGCCAGACAGCGUCCCAGACGCGUGUGUGAGCCCACCCCCCACCAUGGCGGAUACGGCUCCGAACGGCCCCCAAGGGGCGGGCGCAGUGCAAUUCAUGAUGACCAAUAAGUUGGACACAGCAAUGUGGCUUUCUCGCUUAUUCACAGUUUACUGCUCUGCUUUGUUCGUUCUGCCUCUUCUUGGGUUGCACGAAGCAGCAAGCUUUUACCAGCGUGCUUUGCUGGCAAAUGCUCUGACUAGCGCUCUGAGGCUGCACCAGAGACUGCCGCACUUCCAGUUAAGCAGAGCGUUCCUGGCCCAGGCUUUGCUAGAGGACAGCUGCCACUACCUGUUGUAUUCACUCAUCUUUGUCAAUUCCUACCCUGUUACAAUGAGUAUUUUCCCAGUCUUGUUAUUCUCUUUGCUUCAUGCUGCUACAUACACCAAAAAGAUCCUUGAUGCAAAAGGUUCUAAUAGCUUACCUCUGCUGAGAUCCAUCUUGGAUAAAUUAAGCGCUAAUCAACAGAAUAUUCUGAAAUUCAUUGCUUGUAAUGAAAUAUUCUUGAUGCCUGCUACAGUUUUUAUGCUUUUUAGUGGUCAAGGAAGUUUGCUCCAGCCUUUUAUAUAUUAUAGAUUCCUUACUCUUCGAUAUUCCUCUCGAAGAAAUCCAUAUUGUCGGACCUUGUUCAAUGAACUGAGGAUUGUUGUUGAACAUCUAAUAAUGAAACCUGCUUGCCCACUGUUUGUGAGAAGACUUUGUCUCCAGAGCAUUGCCUUUAUAAGCAGACUGGCACCAACAGUUGCAUAGUUUAACAUCCAGUUAAGUUAUAUAUAAUAUAAAUAAGCAUUAUUAGCUGCUGGUACUUCUGCUAGGGGUGGUUAAUUCCAGGUGUAAAACUGACCUCAAUCUAAUUUACAUAAUUUACAUAAAUGCAUCUCAGUAGAAAAAUAAUCAUUUUCCUUGGCAUGUUAAUUCAAGCCUUUUAAAUACUUUGUGAGAAAAUUUUAUUGUACUGUGUUGUUCAUGGUUAAGGAAGUUUGGAUCUGUGAUAAAUGUAUCAAAAAUUCUUUAGACGCUGCUAUGCCUCUAUCAUGAAAUACAUUUAUUUCUCUUGUAAAAAUAGCUAUAAAAUUUGUUUCAAUCUAAUUGGUAUCCUGAAUUUAUAUCUGGCAUGAGUUAAUUAUGGUAAUAUUUACAUGUAAAUUCAGUAUAUUUUGAGACAGUAUUCUUUUGCCAUUCAGUAAUUUUGGUUGAUGAUUUUAACAAAAACACUUUCCACUAUAUUUCAAAUUGUUUUAAAUUGAUUUUGUGCUGCUUUGUUGAGACAGAUUUAUAUUGGAUGUACCAUUAUAAGAGGAAUUCUAUAUGUAUCUUAUGCUGUGACCUUCCAAAAUUUUACUUUUAUAAUUACUUCUGUGAAUAUCUUUUUAAAAAGGCCUAACCAUAAGCUUGUUAGCCAAUUGGGUAAGUAUUUGGGGUCACUUAAGCAUUUUACAUCAGAGAGCAGUAGGCAGACAGUUUUCCUUUCAGAGACCCAUUGAGUAACAUUUCUCAAAUAGAAAAUUAUUCUUUUAGAAAUGUGGAUACAUAGGUUUUAGUAUUAUUGUAGUUUACAGAGUUACUUAGAUCAGAUUCUUGACUGCCAGUUUUCUCAGUUUCUUAGGCUUGAAUUUUCAUAGACAGGUACAUCAGUUCAGAUGUCUUUUGAAAGGAAUGUAAUUGAAGAUUGAGUGACUGACUUAACUUAAUAUCUGUCCUGAAAUAAUGAAGAUUAUGCUUACCCAUCAAAUCUGAUUUAAAAGAUUAAAUAGAAAGGUUUAUAGGUAAGGUUAUUGAUUAGGAAUGGGGCUGGAGGAGGAGUUGUGGAGGAAAUUGUGUACAUUUCAAUUUCUUAAUGUAUAGAUAAAUUUGGGGAAAUGGGAUGUAUUACGCAACUGUGAUUUGAGUUGUGUAAUAUGUUAAGUCCUGUUUGUUGAGCUUCCGUCAAACUCCUUUAUAAAAUUCAUUCUGAUCUUUAUUACUGUUGCAUGAUUGGAAAUGUUUAAAACAUUGCAAAAUGUUAGUGCAGAGUAAUGUAAUGGUUUCUGUAACCUAUUUUCUUCUGUCUGCAUGUAACUUGGAUUUCUCAUAUAUACUCAGUGACUUCAGUAGCAUCAGUUUUUGUUCAACUUUUUGAUCUAUAGAAAUGUGAUACCUGCUUGAUAGCUCAACUGUAACCAGCUAUUUUUGUAUUUUUGUAAUAUUUAUCUUCUAAGCUAGAGAAGCAGCCUCAUGAUAUAGUUGAUUGAGUGUGUGUGUGUGGCUAGUCUUCAUUAUCACUAUGUAUAUAAUCUGAUGGUUUUAAAACUAAGUUUUCUAGAGCAAUAAAAUGACUGUAAUGUUGAGUAAACAACAUUAUUGAUGUCUAAUGAUGUUUUUAAAAUUUUGAAUUAUCAAGAAAUUUUGGCAGCUGAAGGCACGUUUAUUUUUUAAGUUACUAGUUUUUUGUUUGUUUUCUACAAUCUUUUUCUAUCUUGAGAUAACUUUAGAUUUAUAGAAGAGUUGUGAAAAACAGUAAAGAGAGUUCCUGUAUACCUUUUACUCAGCUUCCCCUUGUGUUAACAUUUUCCACACUAUACAACAUUUACCAAAGCUAAGAAAUUAACCGUGGAACAGUGCUAUUAACUAAGGUACAGAAAUGAGUAAGUUUUUCCAUUUAUUUUCUUUGUGUUUGUGUGCUCUCUUUUUGUCAUUAUUGUGUCUUUUAAUGAUCUAUAAGUAUGCUACUGUUUUGAGUUUUCCUCUUUAUUUUGAAAAUUACUGUUGGUCAAAAAGAUUUUCCUAAAGGAAAUAAUUCGUGUUGGUUUUAACAAAAAGAAUUUAACAUUAAAACUAUUACAACUUAAAACACUCUGCUUCAAAAGUCAAGGCUUCUAUCACAUCACGGGAUUUGAUUUCUGAUAUGCUCAUGUUUGUUCUUUAAAGGAAGGCUUUAUUUAUAAACAAAAUACUCCUAAACUCAUGAAAAAAAUAAAUCUUAGAAUUUGAGCAUUACUAGAUCGUUUGCAUGAACUUAUAGUUGGAAAUUCUGCGGUAUGAAUAUUUACAGCCAGCUGAUUUGACAUCUGAAAUUAUAGUGUAACUUGUAUGUAUACCUAUCAAAUUAAAAUUAAGGAAAUAUAAUAGCAGUAUAUAGAGUGAAUGUACUAGGAUAAAUUAUACUGCAUAGUUCAAUUUAUUUUUACUUGCAGUUUAAAAAAAAUGUUGAUUUAACUAAGUCCAGAAUAUCUGAUUCUUUAGGAGGUGUUAUAAUACUGUUCUUCUGGCAUUUUUAGAGAUUAAACCUUCUUGGGCAGGUAGAGAUCUCAUACAAAACCUACUUUAUUCUAACAAAAAUUCUAGAUCCCUUUUGUAUACUUGAUUCCUCAUAAAUUUUAACUCUAAAUUUAAUGUCAGUACACAGAGAAAUUUCUUAAAUAACAAUUUGUAUUUAAAUUUUCUUGGAGAAAAAUUCACCAAGGUAGAUGCUUCUGGAAGAAGUAAUCAAAAAAGAAAACUAACUUUUUUUUUUAAAUUAAAUUUAGUUAUUUAGGAACCUCCUUUACAGGGAAAAUCAAGGCAUGCUAUUAUUGAACCAGGAGUUCUGAAAAUAUUUAUGAAGUCUUUUAUAUAACUAAGAAUUGUAAAUCUAUCGGAAUACUUCAUGAAAAUCAAGAUUGAAAAUUCAGAUUAGGUUUACAAGUUUAGGACAUGAAUAUUACUCAUCCUAAAAAGGAAAGAAAGUGUGUGUGUAAUACAAGUAGAACUGAGAGAUUUGGUUAGUUUUUUUUUUUAAGAUUGAGAUCAGAAUGAAUGAAAAUUUUGCGGGGUUGUGGUAAAGAUCCUUGUCUAAUGCUAAGGAGUUUGUUUUAGUUAAUAUAGUUCUGAAGCUCCUCUCCACCUGCCCACCCAAAUCCCCUUUGAUCUACUAGCCUCAUUGCUAACAUCCAAAUUGAGACUGAUUUUUACUCUGCAAGGAAAACCUCAAGGGAGAAAGUAACCACAGUUAUGUUUAUGAUCAGUAGGUGGCACUCUUUCCUCAAGUAGUCCCCAGCUGUUUGACCUGCCAUGUUGGAAGGUUAAAUGCCACUAUACGCUGAGUCAAACAUAAAACUAAGGACCUGAAUUCCAUGACUCUAAUUAUUCAAUGUUCAGUAAAUAUUUAGUAAGCAUUUACUAUGAAUACAUUUUAAAAAUAUUGAGAUGUUCAGAAGCUGGAAGAAGUACCCUGUUAAUAUCUACUUUCUAGGUAAAUAGUAACAUAGGUUACAGUUAGUGACAUUAUUCUGAUCGUGAUCUCUUUGCUGGGGUUUUUUUUUUCCCCUUAAUUAUAAGUGCCUAAAUCACCAAAACACAUCAAUUAUAAAACUGUUCUUUCUCCUUCAUUUUCAGUUGUGUAGAAAAAAUUUUUUGUGGUCGUUUUGUAGGUACAUGAGGUAUAUAGCCAGUUCAACCUCUUAAAAUUUAGACUUUUCACAGUAAUAUAAAGCAUACUGAAAUUUUUGGAUAUUAGGAAUGGUAGCUAGAUUUGUAAAUUCAGUUUGAGGUGUAGAAACAGCUAGUUUCUCUUAACACCUCAUUGGGAUUUCUGUAGAAUUAAGAGAAUUCUACAGAGGCUGUGUGCUAGUAUGGCUUAACAGAUAGUUUACCAAAGCAUAUAUGUUUUAUAAAUCCGGGCGUUAUUUCCAGAGAUUGUUUUAAUAAGCGGUCUUCUUUUAAUAUUCUGGAUGGAAAGUUGUUACUGGAUCUGGUAUUAAGGUUAAGAAAAGGAGCUGCUGAGUUUGGGAGAUUUCUUGGUAGUAAUUAUCCUAGGACAUGUUUAUCUUCUAAAGUGGUAUUCAGGAGGAUUCUUAGAAGGAACAUGUUCCUUUGUGAGAGAUUAACUCUAGAGUGAUCUUUCUCCUCUUGUUCAGUGCAAAUAGGAAAACUGACCUGCAUUGAAUUUGAGUUGAUGUGACAAGAGAUACAGUACUUACUUUAAAUCUAAAACAGAUUCUUUUUCUUAGAAAAUGAUAGGAAAUUUUUGAUAUCUUUGUUGGAAUCAAAAAAUUAGCUCAUAUUCCAGGAGAAGGAGAGGCCCAAGAAUUCAUUUCACUUUUUCCAUCAUAGUUUUCUGAAAUUACUUUUUUGAUAAGCUCGGUAGUUUUAAACUAAUCUUUUUCUCUUGAUUCAUGACAGUUUAAUUCCAAACUUUGACUAUUUUCUUUUGUAACUUUAAAAUAGAACAAAUGUUUUUGUAAAUUGAGACCAAAUGGGCAACGUAUUGGGCGGGUAACAUUUGUGAUGUGUGUAUAUUGGAAUAAAUGUAAAAGGGUCACAAAGAUUAGAAAGAGAGUCAUAAAAAACUGCUUGAUUUAUAAAUGCAUUACUUCUGGUGCUCUACAUAAUGAGGUAUGUUGAACUAAAAAAUUUGUAUAUAUAGUAUGUCAGCAUUUCUUAGGAACUUCUCUUCAAUCCAUUUUUAAUAUCUAAUGUACAGGUUGGGAAGUUAUAUACUCUUCAGGCUAAUACUAUCCAAUUUAUAAACAAGACUGUGUAAAUUUAUAAAAUAAAUUGAAAAAUUCAUCAUUCCCCUGUAUUCAAGACCAAAGCACGUAAAUGCUAAUGUAGGGCUCAGAGGGGAAAUAUAUUGCACUCGAAUAUUUGAGAAAAUGUGAAUUCUUUUCAAGAAUAUCUAAUAAACAUAAUAAUCAUAGCCUGCUGACACUAAGGGAAAAGGACCUCAUUCACUCUUUCUUUUAUGCAGCGAUUUACUGGUCCCAACUGAUUUCCAAAUUGGAUCACUGUAGUAAAUUAUCUAUGCUGGUACCUGUGAAAGUAAGCCCAGGGAUCCAUAUUCGUUUCGUGUUCUGCUUACAUCAGCAAGAAUGAUAAAUUUGAUGGUGUGAAAUUGGAAGUGUCAAGGGCUUUCUUUGGUGAUUGAGCAAAAUAAUGUCUCCGCUUGUAAUUUAUUGUGACCUUUUUUCACUAUGUGCUUUGUAUAUCUAAUAUUUAUUUCAAUACAAAUUAAAUUGUUCCUUUAUCUGUAUUGUUAUAUCUAAGAUUUUAUUGAUGUAAAAAUCAAAUUGUGUAAUAAAAAUCUCUGGAUUUAAGCUGA